AUGAAAACACAUGAUGCAGCAGCGGAACGAGGCCUCCCUUCACCUAGCAUUCUGGCUCGCAUCCUACAUUCUCAGCCAGCUGUUCAACCAUUCGCAACUUCAAAAGCCGAGGCGGAUGCCUUGCAGAUUCGCUCUUUGUUCCUGCGCUGCGUGGAGGGCAUCAACGAGAUCCUGUCAGUGCCGACAGCGCCGAGGAUUCUUUCGGACAGCUUCUCCAUCCUAGGGGGACCUUUGGCAGAGCAGAUCUCGAAGGCGGCGACGGAUGUGAUCGCCGAGCACUUCGACGAGUACUGCACCGCAGAGCUCCAGCGCUUGCCUCCGAGCACCUUGGCCCAAAUCCUGCGGAGAGACGACAUCUCCGUUAUGCAUGAGAACGAGAUCUUCGACUUCGUGGCGGAUGCAGCGCAGAACUUGACCUUCAGCGGAAGGGCGGCCGAGGCGACGCAGCUCUGGCAGUCCAUCCGCUUCGGCGCCCUCUCCAACAGUUACAUGGUCCGGGCGGCCCAGGUCGAGACGAUCCCGCGGAUGACGCUCAUUUGGUCCAAGGUCCUGAAUCGCAACGGCAACCAGGCCCUUGAGAAGCUGAUGAACGAGCAGUGCCUCUCCGAGGGUUGGCCUAUCCCAGCUGCGCCAAAUCCGAGGAAGCCCUUCAAGGACAUGACUUGUGCCGUGAUGUACUCCGUCGACACUGAUGCUCGCAAUGACCAGGAUGUCGAGCGAAACAUCACUGCCGCGACGCUGGUGGCCGAGGAGAUCGAGUUCCUCGGGGGCCGGGCCAUUUUGGAGAACAUCUUUGCAAGGCAACCGCCGCUGCGGGACUGUGCUGAGGGAACCAUCAUCAACAUGGAGCAGGUCGACGUGGCCUUCGUCCUGGCACCAUGGACACCCUCCGACAAGCGCAUCGCCCGUCUGAUCAACUUCGUUGACCAAGGCGGCGGGGCCGUGCUGCUCUCUUUCAUUGGCGGCCUCAGCAAGGGCGUCUGGCGAGACUUGGAAUACGAGCCACUCAUCACUGGCAAGGUUGCAGACAACACCCCGUACGAGGAUGUUUUUCUGUCUAGCUCGAACUUCUCCUGCCUGGACCGCGGGAGUUCCAAGCGAAGUCAGGACACCGUCACUCCGCCCAGGAUCCUGUGCGGCGUCGACUCCAUCAACGGACGCCGGCGGAUCACCUCCACGCUGGUAGAAGGAGCCAAGGUCCUUGCGAAGUGGAGCGACGGACAGCCUCUGGUCGUCCAGCAUCCAGACAAGAAUGUCUUCUCCAUCUCGCAGCGGGUCAGCCGCAUUUUCGAGCUUGAUGACGACCUGGGCCAUGAUGACACUCUCCAGUUGGUACUGAAUGUGAUGGUGCAGGCCGGGAAGCAAGCGAAGCGUGUCCGCGGUCUCCGGCGACUUAGCUCGGCGAAUAAAUCAGGCCAGGCAGAUUCCUUGUUGACCGGCGGCGUCAACGUCUCAUUGUGA